AUGUCUGCCCUGCGCAACAGCCGGACUGCCUCCGUGCAGGUCCGUGGAUUUGCUACCUCCUCCAGCCUACGAGUCGGACCCGAAUCCCCUCACUUCAUCGAUGUCCCAAAGAUCGUUCAGCCAUCAAACCCAAACCGACCCCAUGUCCGGGGUACACUACCCGUGCCUCGCGAGCUCUUCCCGGCCCGUCGGACAGACAAACCCAAGAAAGCGUACCUCGAUGCCGCCACACCUCUCCCCAAGUCCCCGCGGAAAGUGAGCGCCCGGAGCGGCGACCCUGAGAAGCUGGAAUGGAAGCACAAAAUGGCCGAUCUCCGCCGACAAAACCUGCGCGAGGGUCUUCAGAACCUGUACGCGCGCAAGCGUUCCGCAGAGGGAAAGAUGUUCAGCCGCAGUCGUGAGAGCCAGGAGCGACGCGAACGAAUCUUCCAACAACCUGAGCGUGAAGACGAGCGUCUGACCCGCCCCUCGACCAUCGCGGCCAUGUUGCCUCACAAGCAGCCGGUCUUGCCCGAUCCCAACCGCGAGGCACGCAUUGCUCUUUCCCAGGCUCGCCUCGAAGCAAAGAAGUACCAGAAGGAGGAAGCCCGCAGAGCAGACCUCCAAGAAUUGUACAUGAAUGCUCGCACUUUCAUCACAACCGAGGAGCAACUCGCUGCUGAGAUCGAUCGCGCCUUCCCCGAGGGUGAGAACAAGGCUUGGUUGAACGACAACACACCAGGUGACAGCAUCUGGAACAAGGGCAGUCCCUCUACUAUCAACAGCCUUGUCAACCAGACCCAAAGGAAUGAGACUGCUCGCUGGGAGCUCAUCCAGACACGUGUCAAGCAGCUUGGAGAGCAGAUCACCGGUGGUAAGCUCUAA